CACAAGAUACACACAGGCCACAAGUGGGGAGGGUCCCAGGGUUAAACACAAGAUACACACAGACCACAAGUGGGGAGGGUCCCAGGGUUAAACACAAGAUACACACAGGCCACAAGUGGGGAGGGUCCCAGGGUUAAGCACAAGAUACACACAGACCACAAGUGGGUAGGGUCCCAGGGUUAAACACAAGAUACACACAGGCCACAAGUGGGGAGGGUCCCAGGGUUAAACACAAGAUACACACAGACCACACCCAGUGAGGGUUCCAGGGUUUAACACAAGAUACACACAGACCACAAGCCAGUAGGGUCCCAGGGUUAAACACAAGAUACACACAGACCACAAGCAGGGAGGGUCCCAGGGUUAAGCACAAGAUACACACAGACCACAAGCGGGGAGGGUCCCAGGGUUAAGCACAAGAUACACACAGACCACAAGCGGGUAGGUAGGGUCCCAGGGUUAAACACAAGAUACACACAGACCACAAGCAGGGAGGGUCCCAGGGUUAAGCACAAGAUACACACAGACCACAAGCGGGGAGGGUCCCAGGGUUAAGCACAAGAUACACACAGACCACAAGCAGGGAGGGUCCCAGGGUUAAACACAAGAUACACACAGACCACAAGCAGGGAGGGUCCCAGGGUUAAACACAAGAUACACUCAGACCACAAGCGGGGAGGGUCCCAGGGUUAAACACAAGAUACACACAGACCACAAGCAGGGAGGGUCCCAGGGUUAAACACAAGAUACACACAGACCACAAGCAGGGAGGGUCCCAGGGUUAAACACAAGAUACACUCAGACCACAAGCAGGGAGGGUCCCAGGGUUAAACACAAGAUACACACAGACCACAAGCGGGGAGGGUCCCAGGGUUAAACACAAGAUAGAAGGUUGAUGGACCGACAAGACACAGCCCGGUGCCAGAUGAGACUAGUGGCGCCAGAUUGUGGACAAACCAAUCUGUCUUUUAUAUCAGCCUCGUGGUCCUAUGACCUAAGAGCAUAUGAGUCAAUUCACCAAGUUAUGGCAAUGCCAUGAUAUCCUGGCUACACUUCAAAUAGGUCAAGUUGUGAUACAAAACAAAAUGAAUUUAUAAUUCUGUUUUCUGAAAGCACGUACAAGAAUUUGUUUACUAAACAACAUUUUGUCAGCCAUUCUCUUGGAUGAUGGGAGACUGUGUAUUGUUCUUGUUAGCAUCCUCGGUAAUCCAGUGUAUUAUAUCUCCACUCUAUUGUGACAAAUACCCUGAAUCCAAUUGCUACCAAGGAUUAUUUUAGGAAGUGACAUCCCUAAAUCAUCUGUACAAGGGCUGGUCAAAAAGUUCUAAGCCUGACUAACUUUCAGCUGUGGGCCAUAACAAAGUGAUCUAGUCAAUAACAAAGUGAUCUAGUCAAUAACAAAGUGAUCUAGUCAAUAACAAAGUGGUCUAGUCAAUAACAAAGUGAUCUAGUCAAUGUAGAACAUUGUUUGAGACGUUCAUGGCAAGUGUUGAGGCCGUUUGUGUAUUAGUCACAGCCAGUUGAACGUGAUAGGGGUCCAUUUGACACAGUAAUAGAAAAGAACGAGUAUCUACCAGUCAUCAAGUUUUUGACAAGAACUUGAUGACCACAAGUGUAUCGAAAUAAGUGCUUCAUUGUCAAUAUAAGAAGUGUAUUGAGAAGCAUUCAGAUUAUGUUUAAAAAUAAAAUUAAAAACAUUUUCACAAUUUUUGGUUUUGUUAGGCUUAGAACUUUUUGACCAACCCUUGUACUCAAAAGCCACAGUAGCGAAUGGGUUCAUCGUCAUAGAAAUCUCCUUACUAAUAGAACAGAGAAGUAAUGCACUGGAUAAUCGAGGAUGAUCCUAUGUAAUGGUGUGUCGGCCGUCCAGCGAUUGAUGCCUUGGUCAUUGCUGGGAUCAUGGAAAAACAACCUUCAUCAUUUGUGGUACUGUUGCUGAUAGAGAAUCAGCCGUGUACCACGCACAGAGGUGUGUUCAGCAAUACACCAAUCAAAUUAAUCAAAAGCAUCUCAAAUUGUUGAGUAAACUUCAGAAAAAUACCCAGGAAACAGUAUUAUUCUUGAAAUUAUUUACUUAAAAAGUAACAUUAAGAUUUUGAUGUACCAGCUGAUAUACAGGAAUUGAUUUUAAUAAACAUUAUUACAUCGUUUAAUGCAACUGAAAAACAGUGGAAUCGGUGAAAUAGCUGAAGUUUUGAUGAUCAGGUACCGUUCUUUGAGUGAUGCUGUUGUUAGGAUGCGUAGGCUGAUGACAUAGCUUGAUCAGUGACGUCACUGGCGGGGCUAUGGAUGGAGCUCUCUGACUGGUGUGUUGCUCAGCAUUCUUGAGGUUGUUUCUCCAUGAUCUAGGGCCCAGUGGUGGGGGACGCUCGGGACCAUCUUCUUGAGUCAGGAAACUAACUGACAGGAGUUUCAUGGCUGAGAUGAACUUCUAUGUGAAGAAAAUGAACACAAACAUCCAUGCACAAGAACAUGGAUCUAACAAGCAGGUGGCCUCCAAGUCCUGCGCUCUGUCCCUCGUCCGACAACUCUAUCACAUGAACGUCAUCGAGCCUUACACAGGUCUGAAGAAGAAGAAGGAUUCGGAACAGUUGGAGCCUUAUGAUGUUGCUGUCAGCCCCGAGUUACAGACCCAGAUCAUGCAGGUGCUGGACAAAUGGGGUAUUCAGCCAGUUCCCAGGCCUCAUCAACCCCCUCUACCAGCGGAGGAUGGCUCGGUCCCUCCCGUGUCCCUCCUUUCUCAUGUCUCCCUGGAUGAGUUUGAGCCUGCCCCCAAGCGGAGCACCCCGGGGGUGGUGCCCUGGUCCCCACCCCAGUCGAACUGGAACCCCUGGACCAACUGCAACAUAGACGAGGGACCACUAGCAAUGGCCAGUCUGGAGCAAGUGAGUCAGGACCUUUACACCUCCCUGGAGGACCAGCGAAACCGUGACGAGCAGCUUCAGAGGAUGAUGUCCGAUCGGUCGAAGCUGCCGGUGUUCGAGUCCCACGACUACAUCCUCCAGACGAUACAGCGAAGCCCUGUGACACUCAUCCGGGGGGAGACUGGGUGUGGUAAGACUACACAGGUGCCGCAGUUCAUCUUGGACCAGAUGGUGAACGAGGGUCGCGGUGCCGAUUGUGGCAUCUUCGUCACACAGCCCAGGAGGUUGAGUGCCGUGUCUAUUGCAGAGCGAGUCGCCAACGAGAGAUGUGAGAACCUUGGCGUGUCUGUUGGAUACAGUGUCAGAUUUGAGUCUGUCCUGCCUCGACCGUAUGGAGCUCUGCUGUACUGUACCGUUGGAACGCUGCUGAGGAGGCUGGAAGGAGGAUUGAGGGGCGUGUCUCAUGUCAUCGUUGAUGAAAUCCACGAGAGAGAUAUCAAUACUGACUUCCUGCUUGUGCUACUGAGGGACAUGGUGCGAACCUACCCUGAGCUUCGCGUAGUGUUGAUGUCGGCAACUGUGGACACGUCGCUAUUCCAGGACUACUUCGGAGACUGCGAAGUAGUGGAAGUGUACGGACGGGUCUUCCCGGUGCAAGAGUAUUACCUGGAGGACUGCAUCCAGAUGCUCAACUUCGUCCCGCCCCCGAAUGACAGGAAGAGAAAGAAAGGAGGAGGAGGAGGAGGGGGGGACGACCUCCCUGGAGAUGAAGAGCAAGAGGAGAAUUGCAACCUGAUUCUGUCGGGUGACUACAGCCCACAGACCAAGGUGGCCAUGGCGCAGCUCAACGAGAAGGAGCUGUCGUUCGAGCUGAUCGAGUCCAUCCUGCGGUACCUGAAGCAGCUGAAGGUGCCGGGGGCGGUGCUGGUCUUCCUGCCGGGCUGGAACCUCAUCUUCUCCCUGCAGAAGCACCUGGAGGGCAGUCCCGAGUUUGGAAGCUCAUCGUAUCGCGUACUCCCCCUUCACUCCCAGAUUCCCAGGGAGGACCAGCGCCGAGUCUUUGACCCCGUGCCAGAUGGAGUCACCAAGAUCAUCUUGUCCACCAACAUUGCUGAGACCAGUGUGACGAUAGAUGAUGUUGUGUUUGUCAUCGACUCCUGCAAAGCCAAGAUGAAGCUGUUCACGUCCCACAACAACAUGACUAACUAUGCCACUGUGUGGGCAUCCAAGACCAACCUGGAGCAGCGACGGGGGCGAGCGGGGCGAGUGAGGCCCGGCUUCUCUUUCCACCUGUGUAGCAGGGCCAGAUUUGACAAAUUGGACCAACACACAACACCCGAGAUUUUCCGUACUCCUCUCCAUGAGCUUGCCUUGUCAAUCAAACUACUAAGACUGGGUCCGAUUGCCCAGUUCCUGGCCAAGGCCGUGGAGCCCCCACCCCUGGAUGCCGUCAUUGAAGCUGAAGCUACUCUGCGAGAUAUGCGAGCGCUGGACGCGAAUGACGAGCUGACACCCCUGGGGAAGAUCCUUGCCAAACUUCCCAUCGAGCCCCGGCUUGGCAAGAUGAUCAUCUUUGGAUGUAUCUUCUAUGUUGGAGAUGCGAUGUGCACGAUAGCUGCAAGUACCACAUUCCCUGAGCCCUUCAUAACACCGACCGACCGGCGGCGUCUGGGCUGGGUGCAUAAGAGUCUGUCCGGGAGCCGAUGCAGCGACCAUGUGGCGCUACUCAACGCCUUCCAACUGUGGGAGGAGGCCAGAUCGGGCGGUGAGGACAGUGAGAUGUAUUUCUGUGACCAGAAGUCCCUCUCGCUGCAAACACUACGCAUGACGUCUGAAGCCAAGAAUCAGCUGCGCGACAUCCUGGUGAAUGCAGGCUUCCCGGACGAGAGCCUGAUGCCGAUGGGCUUCAACUUCACCGGGCCGGACAACAGACUGGACAUUGCCAUCACGUUGCUGUCCAUGGGGCUGUACCCCAACGUGUGCUACCACAAGGAGAAGCGGAAAGUGCUGACCACGGAGAGCAGAGCCGCCCUCGUACACAAGUCGUCGGUCAACUGCAGCAACUUCGAGGUCAAGUUCCCGUCACCCUUCUUCAUCUUUGGAGAGAAGAUCAGAACCAGGGCCGUUUCCUGCAAGCAGAUGACGAUGGCCACACCUCUACAACUCCUGCUGUUCGGGGCCCGAAGUGUCACUUUACAGGGAGACAUGGUAGUGCUGGACAACUGGAUCAACCUCCGCAUGGAGUAUGAUGCGGCAGCUUGUGUGGUUGCGUUGCGCCCACUGCUGGAGGCGCUGAUGGUGCGGUCAACGAAGGAGCCGGAGGGUGUGGCGGAGCCGGGGCCCCAGGAGGAGUGUCUUCUGGCUGUGCUGAGAGUCAUGUCCCGCCCACACGCUGGCCGCUUUGGGCUCAGCCAGGAAUCGGGAGGCAACAACAUGCGAGGACCCCCCGCCAAAGUGCCCCGGAUGGGGGGAGGGGGCUUUGGUGGAGGAGGAGGAGGUGGAUACAGUGGAGGGAGAGGGGGAUAUGGUGGAGGAGGACAUGGCAGUGGGGGAGGAGGGUAUUGGGGUCGGGGGGGAGGAGGAGGAGGAUAUGGGGGUGGAAGAGGUGGUGGUGGCUAUGGCGGUGGUGGUUACGGAGGUGGCCGGGGAGGAGGAGGAGGAGGAUAUGGAGGGGGCGGUUACGGAGGUGGUCGGGGUGGGAGAGGAGGAGGAGGAGGAUUUGGUGGGGGUGGAAGUAGAUACGGAGGUGGGGGUGGAGGUGGGGGUGGAUUUGGACGUGGAAGGGGAUUCCGAGGUGGGCAGCAAGGUGGAUUUGGGAGUGGGGGUGGGGGCUUCUCCUUUGGUGGAGGAAGUGGCAGCGGAGGAAGUGGUGGUGGAGAUCAGGACUAAUUUGAUGGAGGAUCAUCCCUGUUCUACAACUGAGAACUUACAAUGUUGUGCACAAGAGACCAUGGAUGUUUUAUGGACCCAGACAUACUGGAUUGGAUGUGUUCAUGAAUGUUUCAUUUGAAACAUUUACGCGGAUGAAACUGAAGAUUGUUUACAUUUUUGUCUGUGUUUGUUACAAAGUGUAAGACAAAGAUUUCUACUGAGAUGUGUCACGAACGUGACGUGUAGACCAACAUUGAUUCAAUACUUGGCCUGGGACUUCUUCGAGAUACACAGUGAUAACAGCCGUUUCCGUUUGGGUGGAAUUAAUCAUAUAGCACAAAUCUGCUAAUAUAUUGAAACAAUACAAUUAUGUGGAACAUAUUUUGAACUUUGUCGAACAAAAUAGACAACAAUUAUUGCCCUUGCUACAAGAAGUUUCACAACUAGAACACACUGAUUAUCAGUUAGAAGUAACUUGUGCUUCUUGUGAUGGGAAGGUUUCAAUACUUAGAGUUUGGCAGAUAAGAUGCAGCCAGAUCAAAAGAUGAAUUAAUCUUUGUCAAAAGAAUACAGUAUUCCUGAUAGUGAUUAGUAAUGAGAAAAAAUAAAUACUAAUUUUAAGCCACAGUUAUCCCACAUAUUCCUAACUUCAUCAAUUUGGAGUUAGCAUCUCUGCAUUCACAACUCGCUUCAUUCUGUAUCGUUACUUCAUGUUGCAAACUUUGUAUUAAUCAUCUGCACAUACAGAUUCACAUAACAGUUUUAUGAUUAUACCAGUGUUGAAGAUACUCUCUUCCUAACCAUCCGUCACAAGCUGUAUUUGCCAGUGUUAAAAACAUCAGGACUGGCAACUAUUCAGAUUGUAUUAGAAUUGCCAGUCCGGGUGUCUGCAGGAAUUUUAAACACUUUUAGUGCACAUGGGGCGGUCGGGUAGCCUAGUGUUUAAAGCGUUAGCUCGUCACGACGAAGACCCGGGUUCGAUUCCCGACAUGGGUACAAUGUGUGAAGCCCAUCUCUGGUGUCCCCCGCCGUGAUAUUGCUGGAAUAUUGCUAAAGGCGGCGUAAAAAACCGAACUCACUCACUCAUUUUAGUGCACAAUGUGGGUGACUAUUGAUUCCAGGCUUUUUGAUGAUGUCAUCGUGUGAGAUUUUGACAGAACUUCAUCAUUUGUCACGGUGGCCUAGUUGCCCUAGGAGCUGCACUCCACUGUCAGAGUUGUGUCCCUUAGGAGUACCAGGAACCAAUGAUUAUGUGUUCGAAUCCCAGCUCGCCUUGAUUGUUUCUAAUUUGUCAGCUCAUGGGUUUCACCAAAGUGGUAAACGUCUAGGACCUGCAUCACUUCGGGCUUUCCUCUCAAUUGAAGCAGUGGCAUGCUUGAACUUCUUUCCAAAGUAGCAUUAAACCACGGUCUCUCAAUGUUAGUUUGUGAAUUUUUCAUUUUUUUUAUUCAUUUACUUGGAGUAGGUGGGUAGCCUUGUGGUUAAUGUGUUGGCUCAUCAAACUAAAUACCUGGGUUCAGUUCCCAACAUGGGUAUAUGUGAACCCAUUUUUAGUGUGACAUGGCCGCAAUAUUGCCAAAAUCAAUAUAAAACCAUACUACUUUAGGAAGGAAAUUAUUCAGUCUGUCCCUAAAUUUUGGAAUCAAUUUAUUUAUAUUAAUUGAAGUAUGGAUAUGGCACUACAGAUUUAUUUGAAAUUUGUGAAAUAUUGUCCUCAUAUUUAUUAGUACAUUGGGUUUCUAUUGAACAAGGAGUGACCUUGGAAAUGUGUUCAUCAUGGCAAUGUGUUGGAGAAAUGGAAUUUGGGUAUUUUUACCAUUUCUUAGAAUCCUUUUUUCUUUGUUGUCACUGAGACUUUAAGUAUUAAGUGAUUUUAUGAUAGCGAUGAAGUGAAGUUGUGGUCCACCACUUUUGUCUGUUUACUAUGUUGAGUUUGUUUACACGAUCUGACUUAUUGUGCACAAUGAGAUGUUGAACUAUAUGUGAAAUAAAUGUUCAUGAAGAA